AACGAUAAGCCCGUCUCCCCACAUGCACCAACGUCAUGCACCCGUUCCUCCCGGGCCGGCCUUCCGCUUUCCCCUGCAUCCUUUCCUCGACCCGCAUAUCAUACCCUCUCAUCACAGGCUCGAAACACACCUAUACAGCACCAUCGUCCUCCGGCACGCAGGUCACACUGCGCGCUUCCUCGCCUGCCUCCACCAGCGCACCCAGUACCGUGCGUUCGCGGCCUCGCGCAUCGCAUCGCUGUGCAUCAGCCAGCGGGUACCACUGAGUCUCGCGCAGCACGUUCUCUCGCUAUGCACUGGCACGUCGAACGUCGCGCUCUGGGUAGCACCCAACACGGAUGCGCCCAAGGUGCUCGAGCCGUUACUUGACAAGAUGCCGCUGCGCAGGAUGUCGGUGAACUUGUCGACGCUGCUGGUGCAUCCUGGGGCUAGCGGAGGUGGGGGUGAGGGAGGAACAGCAGUAGGAGAUGAAGGAGGGGCAGAAGUGAAAAGGCCGUACGGCCUUGCCACCCAUCCGCUCUUCGCGCGCCUUUCGCACCUCGAUAUCGUGAAUCACUGGGCACUGUGGACGUCAACGCUGGGGCUCGAACGUCUUCCGAACCUCACGCACGUCUCUUUCCGCUUCUGGGCUAGAGGAAAUGUCGGUGCUGCGCUGCGCCUCCUUCUGGGCGAGUGCGAGCGGCUCGAGGUGCUGGUGCUGCUGAGCGACAAGGUCGUUGUGCCCAUGGCACAGAAGUAUUUGGAGAGCGAAGGGGUAUGCGAUCCUAGAGUGGUGGUGAUGCUGUAUACAAGCGAUGCGGAGAGCUGGGAAGAGCUGCAGCGGGGCGGGAUGGGCGCGUGGGAGAAGGCGGAGAGGAUUGUUAGGUGGAGACGGAGGACUGGUGCUGGUCCAUAUACUCUUCCGGAGGACGCAUAGCGAGAAUGGUGUUCCUGUUACUCGUCGCCUUCGUUUCCUGCACUUUUUGCUUCAAGCCUUUCAAUCGCCCGUGCAAUCGUGUAUUCAUCCCUUUCCGAACGUUCGUGUAUUACAUACUCUCAACUUCAACAAGCGCGACUUCUGUACCAUAGUCAUCUUAUGUCCAUUAGUAUACCCUACCUUUCAGCCGCUUCGCACUUCUCACUGUUAUUCUGGC